UCUAAGCGAACACAUCGUAACGUGCCAAAAGUUUCUAAAACUAGUGACAACGUGAGAAACCCCGCGUAAUAUUUACCCAUUACCCAAUAGGUUUCGUAAUUCAAAUUUUGGCGGGAUAUCAAAGGUUGAUUCCAGUGUGUGGUUUCUUUUUGUGGAUUGUGAGGGAUUGAGCUGUCAGAAUGUUGGAUAAAAGCAUCUUCGGCGGUAGUUGGGAGAGCGUGAUUUCACGCGAUGACUACGAAAUAGACUACAGUCCUAGCCCUAGAGGUUCACCUCUAAAGGACACAUCCAACAUUCAGGAGGAUUCCUACUGCAUCAGUCGGCACAACCCUAACAAGACCUUCAGGAGGGAAUCAGUCAUUGCAUCGUGGAAGAGUUUGAAGAAAGAACGCGAACAGGCUUUAGGGAAGAGGAUCAUCUAUGUAGACGCUGAUAAUUAUGAAGAUUACUACGGAAGGAAUAAAGUCAAACGCUGCAAGAGUGAGAGGGUCGCUAAUGUUCCGAGAAUCCAAAAGAAAGUAAAGAGGACGUAUUCAGUUCUCUACAGAUACGAUCCUAAUGAAGAGAAGGUGGUUAAGGAGUACAAAUACCAGCUGCCUAAAGACCCUGAAGAACCGGAUUUUCCCAUCCAAAGGUCGGUGUCAGAACCGUUUUUAAGAGCAGAAACUAGGACGACAAAGAAGAAAGUUAAACGGUCGUUCACCACCCUUUUGAACAUCAAGACCAAAUUCCUAAACAUCUUCUCUUCUAAGAGCUAAAGAUACUUGUAGUAAGGACUGGGAAUAGUUGCUCAAUUCUGCAUUUUAUUUGUAAAAACUGGUGGUUUUAUUUCCUGCAACAAUUGGAUUGAAACUGUCAGUUGUUUUGGCAUUCGUGCCCGGCAGUGGGAAAGCCAAGUGUUUUUUAUAAAUAUUUAAUUGUUUCAUCUAGUCAAUUUUGUAUAUCAAAUUUUACAUAGAAAAUAAGAAUUGGCUUAAAAAAGUAGUUAAAGAAAAAUGCAAUGUUUCUGAUGCAGAAAUUAUUUAUUGAUAAAGUUGACUUCAUAUACCUAUAUGCUUACUUGUAGAUUACCUUUGUAAAGUGAUCAAUAUUUAAACAACUGUUUAUAAAUUGUAAACAAAAUCAUACGUCAUAUAACCACAUGUCGUCAUAUUUUGAUGCAAACAGCUUUAGAAUAACGUAUCAAAGAAAUCGUAAAGCGAUUUUUCGUACCAAAUUGUAUUCAAUAGUUUUAAGAUUUUGGCGCACGGAUGUGCGUAGGCCAAGUAAUAUAAGUUUACAUAAUUAUGUGAUAAAUUAUGUGUGUUGUGAUAGUUUUAGUAUUAAGAUAAUAGACUUCAAAGUUGUAUAUAAAAUUACAAUUUCUGACAGUCGGAAUGUAUCUUGCCAAUAAUUAUGUAGUUUCAUAUUUUGUGAUUCAAAAUACGAACUUUUACAGCUUUUAGAUAUAAUAUUUUAAUUAUUUCAUUCCUUAUAAGGGUAAAUAAGUUAUAGUCAUUAAAAUAAAUGUACAACUAGAUUGUAUUUUGUACCUUAAGUAAGUAGUUAGGAGAUAAAUAGAAUAAUAAAUUCAUAUCAUGAUACAAAAGUAUCACAAACAUAUAUUAGACAAAGUAUAAUAAACGUAAUUAUA